UUAUCUAUUUUGAUUAAAUAAGGAAAACACCAAGGUAUGCUGGUCUGAGCCAUUUUCGUUGUGCUAAUGCCAGGCUUUCCAUUGGUUCCUGUUUACAUGAUGCCCCCAGGAGACGCGGUGAUUGGUGGCGGUUUACACGUGACCAGACAACUUUGUACAUUUGACAGAGAGUAGGAGGGUUUUGUGGAGAUCAGAAAAACGACAGAGCGAUAAAAAUUAGUAUUGUUGCACUUCACAAAUUAAUGAUCAUGAGUUCAUACUUGAUAAACUCGAACUAUAUCGAACCUUCCUUUCCUCCAUGCGACGAAUAUCAACAGAACGGAUACAUCCCCGCCCCUACUGAGUACUACGAACGGCCAAAAGAUCCGGGCUUUCCCCAUCACGACGAGGCGUCCUAUCCGAGGUCAAACUACACAGAACCGAGCUACGACUACAGUAAUGUCCCCAACAACGGUCUCGACGAUUUCACCGACAGGCAUCACGCACAGGCUCACCCCGUUGCCCAGAACCAUGGCCCUCGCCUCAAACCAGUCCCAGACAGCGGUGCGGUGGCGGACGUCAGCAAAGACUGCAGCCUCGCCACUGAGUCUUAUUCCAGCGCACAGAAGGGAAAGGAAGCGCCGGUGGUCUACCCCUGGAUGAAGAAGGUCCAUGUUGGUGAGUUAUCGCCACGUUUCUAUACCGAAACCACUGAGCAAGCCACCACUGGAACGUGUGCACGCCCAUUGAGGCAGCACUAGUAGCACCCCUUACAACGGCAAUUUACGACCAUCGAGCAGCGGGGUCGGUAAUUAAGAACCCUCAUAAAUUUUAUUGCCUGUGUUUGUCUGCCGGGACCAUGUGUCUAUGUUGCCUUUUAACUAGAACUAUACCUCCAUGGCUGAACCACAGACAAACUGUAAUAUACAACCCUGCUGAUUUUGUUAAUAAUUUUCGAAGGCUUGAUUUGUCCCUGGAUGGGAGCGCUUGUACACAUGGCGUCUCCAAAUUAAGGUCCUUCUAUGCAAUAGAAAUGGAGGCGAAACCUCAACAAAACAUCGUAGGCUUUAUUCCCCCAUUAGACUACCAACGAGUCUUUAUGGAGAACAACAUUUGUAAUGUGUCCAGUGGAGAGGGUCAGUGUUUGGACUGUAGUGCUUCAUGGGGCAGUAACAACUGCUUGCUUGUAUGUGUGUGUGCUUGCUUUUCUUCAGUCAAUUCUACUUACAAUGGAGGAGGAGUGCCCAAGAGGUCUCGCACUGCCUACACCCGCCAGCAGGCUCUCGAGCUGGAAAAAGAAUUCCACUUCAACCGCUACCUGACCCGACGCAGGCGCGUGGAGAUCGCGCACACGAUGUGCCUGACCGAACGUCAGGUGAAGAUCUGGUUUCAGAACAGAAGGAUGAAGUGGAAGAAAGAUCAUAAGCUGCCGAACACCAAGAUCCGCUCCGCGAGCUCAGCCUCGUCCUUGGGAGCCCAGCAGCAGCAACAACAGCAAAUCAAAACAGGCACGCACCAGCAGCUCGUUCCCACGCCUUGCGCCGCGAGCCUAUAG